AUGACGAAGGAAGGUUUUAAACGUAGACUUUCAAUAACCAUUUCCAAGUUUAGCCGCGGCAUGUUCGAUAUCAGCUGCGCGAGUAAGUCAAGAGCUCAGUUUUGUGUGGAGAACGACGAGGUUGUUAUUUGUAAACGAAAGAAAACAUCAUGUGGGAGAACACGUGAAGAUUCGGAUUGUUUGGUGGAGAAGGAAGAGAAGGAUUUCCUAAAUACUCUCCAGCCUCACCGCUUACGAAGGAGUGCCACAUUUACAGGGUUUAGUGUUCACAUGAUUGAGCGACUGAGGUGCAUCGCAGAAGUACGUGAAAGCCACGGAAUCGUUUCUCGGACGGAUGCAAAUUUACCAGAAUCCCGAAGAAACAGGUGUCAUUCGUUUUCUGGAGUAAAAAACAAAAAGGUUUUGGAUAUAUAUGACGGGAGACAGGAAACUUAUAUAAUAGAUGGGUUACUCACAACGACACUGUGUUCUACAGAGCUGUAA